AACUAUACUUAUAACGGUGAAACAUUAUUUUAUUGUGUAAAAAAUAUUUAUUUCAAAAUAUGAUAAAUAAAAUUACUUUUAGACAAUUAUAUAUGAGGGACACAGUUUUUUCCGUUUAGCAUUCCCUGGCUUCUUUCAUUCAGGCUGUGUUUGUUUACAUUCCUGCAGACUAACAAUUAAUACUUUACUAAACAGAAGAUCCUUACCAACACAUGCCUGCAACUGUAGUACUACUUUGACUUUAAUAUAUCCAAAAACAAAGCUCAAUAAUUAAAAAAAUCACAUAGCUCAUAUUUACACUAUAAUAAACUUUUUAAAUAUUUAAAUGAUAUAAAUAUUUUGAAAAUAACUAACUAAUUAGAUGAUAUUUUUUAAAAAUAAUUUUGAAAGGGUUACUGUUACCUUAAAGACAAUUAAUUCUGAUAUAUAUCACAACCAAAUCUCGGUAUAGGUUACGGGAAAUAGCAAUAUACGGUUUCUUUGUUGCGUUGUGUCAUUUGUAAAGAGUGAGCAGAUGACACAAAUUUAUAGGAUUUACACACAGGGCACUUUGAUUAUACUCAUAAGCGCAAGGAGUGCACACAUAAAAUUUGGUACCUAUUACAAAAAUACCACUGGGUUUGUUUACAAAAGAGAACAGCCUCAAUGUUGUUUGAUGUUGUUCUUACAGGUAGCUUAGCUACCCUAUUGUUAGAUUCAUAAAAAAACAUCAGAAACUUUUUCAUGUGGAUUACUUUUACAUUAACAAAAAUUUUAAGAUUGCGAUUUUGGGAUUUAUUAUUUUUCAAAUUUCCCGCUCAGAAUUUUUAAGGCCCAUGUACCACAGAAUGUUUAACUUUAUCUUCCUUAUGUCAUAUAAGCUAUGCAACAACUUUUGCAGGAAAAUAAAAACACAUAAAGAGUAAAAGUGUUUUUUUAAAAUAUUAUGAAUUAAUUUCAAAUGGAUUAGUCGCAGCAGCCAUUUUGGUGUCAGCGGUAUGAAAAACUAUGCUUUUUGUACAAAUAAAAUUUAGUAUUUAUGUUUUUGGACCAGCUUGAUGAAAUGGAACCAAAAAAUUUUUUACCACUAUCAUGAUAUAUUUCUGUUUUUCUGAAUUUAGCAAUUUUCGGAUACGACGAUAAAUUGUUUUUGUCAGCAUAUCAAUUUUGACAAGCUGUGUGUACAGAAACAUUCAACAAAAAACAAAAACGCUACAUAGAAAAUAAAAACUGUUAAAAAAGAAGACAAAGUUUCGCGAAGAAUAUCAUUUCGCAUUACUCAAAAUAAUAAAUAGUUGCACAUCAUCGGUUGUGUAGGUUCAAGGGAGGUCAGGAACCUCUUAACAAGUUUUUUAUUUAGCAUUUUUGACAUGUGGUUAAUAAGUUUCACCAGGGAACAAUAGGGAGAAAUGUUUAGUUAUUUCAAACAACGACGCUAUGGAGAGGUAUCCGCUGUAAACAGGUUUCAUUACGAAAUUUCCUAUCGUGCAGGUCUAGACAGUCAAAGCGCUGAUGGGCAACCUCGUCCCCAAGGCAUCUUGUAUCUUUUCUGACCCCGGGACGGCGAUACGAACCGGGGUCAAAAAAGAUACAAGAUGCCCUGCGGACGAGAUGGGGACGAAUCUUGAUACCCCCGGCACAGAGCGUAAGAAGGCAUUACUGAAUUACAAAAUUAGGCGCCGCCCUUAAUUAAGUGUCGCACUGAAAAAAUAUCUAGUUUUGGUUAGGCGCCGGGACGGUUUAAUGGAGCUAAACUGCAAGUUUUGCUCAUGUUAAUUGUGGUGACAGAAUUACAGUUCUUUAGUAUUGUGGUUAAUAUACAUUAGGUUUACCUUAGUCAUUGAACAUGUCAUGUAGAGCCUGGCACAGUGGGGGUGGUUUCUACCUAUAGACCUAAUCUUAAAGAUUGCCAGGGUUAUUAGUCUCACUUGCCUGUAGAGGAACUGGACCCUACCCAGGUCUUGAUUAUUAAUGGUUGCAUAUAAGAACCCAACAUCCCACACUGCACAAGUUCUUCAGAUGUACCUUACAGCUUACAGUUACCCACCCUCCCACCCUUUUAUAAAUUGAUUUUCUUCACCUAUUUCUUUUUUAUUUUAUGUCAUCAACACGCCUACUAAUGGUGGAUGAGAUAGCAAUUCAAUUAAUCAUCGUGGUGCAAUUGACUCGAGUCGAAAUCGAAAUAUCAUGAACCUCUCCAAUGCAACUAAAGACAACCACAUCACAACUGUUAUGUGAGCACGCAGCACAACAUAACCAGACAAAUUGCUUCUGCCUCAAGGUUUCCCUGACAUUUCUUUUGGCUCAUGUUAUGUCGGGGUUUUAGUCCAGAGGUAGAAACAACAAGUCUGUAGAGAGCCUCUAAUUUAAUUGGUGGGUGUGCUGGGCCUCCUUCGUCAGCCGUUUAGGCGACAUGUCAAAGAAAGAAAAAAAGUGCUGCAGACCAAUUGUAUUGGCAUCUGUUGCAAUAGUCAUUGGGUUGAUAUUUGUAUGUCUGGGUUUUGCAUGCAUUCCACUUUUCACAGAACUUUAUAAAAAUGCAGUUAAAAAGAAAUUAGUUAUGAAAGAAGGAGGAGAAACAUAUAAUGAUUGGGUCAAACCUCCUGUUCCAGUAUACAUGCAGUACUACUUGUUUAAUUAUACAAAUGUAGAAGAUGUACUAAAUGGCUCAAAACCUCAGGUUCGUCAGCUUGGUCCUUAUUCUUACAGGGAGGUGCGAUACAACUAUGUGUUAGAAAAAAAUUCAGAUGAAAUCACAUACAUGCAAAACUAUUCAUACAUCUUUGAUUCGUCAACUUCAUGUAGCACUUGCACAGAGAAUGAUGUAAUACAUAGUCCCAAUAUUGCAGCUUGGACUAUGCUGCAUCUUAUUGGUAGCAUACAUGUCACAAAUAGGUCAUCUACUGCAAAGCAGUUUGCUGUUCAGAUGUUCAACACAGUCCUAACAAUGCAAAAAGUCACACCAUUUCAUAACUUAACAGUAAAGAAACUCUUAUGGGGAUAUGAAGAUAAAUUUCUGGCUUUCUUACAAGCACAUAAGGAUGAAUUAGAACAAGUUAUGAAACCGCUUGGACUAAAGCCUCCUCCAAUCAAUCCAUUUGUGGCUCUGCAGCACAAUGGAAGUAAAGAGGCAAGUUAUAUUGGCAACCUUACCCUAAAAACCGGAAAUGAAGAUAUUGAUAAUUUGCAAAGAAUUUUUAAAUGGAGAGGAUUAAGUUACUCACCUUAUUGGAAUAAUGACACAUAUGGAGAAAUGAUCAAUGGAACUGAUGGAAGUCAUUUUAAACCAUUCAUCGACAAGAGUGAUAAAAUCUUAUACAUAUUUAUUUCAGAUAUAUGUCGUUCUUUGUUUCUUACUUAUGAGGAAGACCAAGAAAUAGAAGAUAUUAAGUUACGUCGUUAUGUGUUGUCUGCUGAUGUAUUUGCAGAUAAGAAAACGAAUCCUGACAAUGCUCCAUUCUGCGUUAAAAAGUGCUGGGAGUCUGGACUGCUUCCUGUUGGACAAUGUUUAGAAGGAGGCCCUCCUGCAUUUAUGUCACAGCCACACUUCUAUCAAGCUGAUCACACUUUAAGGGAUGCUAUUGUCGGGCUUAAACCAAACAAAACAUUGCAUCAAGCUUUUGUUGAUGUCGACCCUGUCACUGGUUUAACAUUGAGAUUCCACAAAAGACUACAACUUAACAUUCUUGUUGAAAUUAUUCCAUUUAUAACAAUGACGUCAAAUCUUCGCAACAACCACACUUUUCUACCAGUGAUGUAUUUAGAUGAGAAGUCAAAGAUUGACCAACCAAAUAUCGACAAAUAUAAGCAUGAUGUUGUUAAUCCAAGGGACAUUAUGAGAUAUGUUUGUUAUGGAUUUUGGUCUCUUGGUGGCGCUAUGAUGAUUGGAGGAUUUAUUGCUUAUGGUUAUUUGAAAUCCAAAGGACAUAAAUAUUCUAAGCUUUGAACAAAUUUCAGGUCACUAGUUAAGAAUUGAAUUUUUUAAAUGUGCAGAAAUGUUUUAUUGAAAAUUUUAUUAAAUGUUUUUUUGUAGUUUAUCGUAUGAUAUUAUGUUUUGAAUGUUCAAAUACAAAUUUUUCAAGAGUGUUUUAAUUCAAAUAUUAUAUAUUUUUAAUAUUGUAUCAUAUUCUCAAUGAUUUAUAUUCUGCAAGUUGAAAUAUAAAUUCCAUUAGGUACUAUUGAUAAUGAAGUUAAAUGGCAAAAAUAAAAUUUAUAAAGCUUUUGUCCUUAUCUAAGGUGGUGUUUACAACAGAUUCACUUCUCUGGAUUUGUAGUUAAAUCACUUCAGUCGGUUGACAAGCUUUGUACUGUUUAGAUGAUAAUCCAGACAUGAAACUAACUUCUAUCUGAAUUCUAGUUUUAAUCAAAUGAAAUUUCAAUGUUGGUGUAAAAAAUGAUAUAAAAACACCUAAGUGAAUUUCAGGUGAAGUAAGUACUACGAUUUUGUGCAGUUAUCAGGCACGAACUCUGACUUUUCGACGAUUUUUCUGCUUGACAUUUUUUAAAAUAAUUUUUUUGAAAAUAUUUUAUAAAAAAUUUUUUGACGUAUUGAUAAUGGUGAGAAUAUAUUUUCAGAUAAAUUUUAGCGUGUUAUUUGAAUCUAAAUAUUGUACUCGCUACUAAAUUGUCUAAAUUUGGUACUGGCAUACUUGUACUUUUGCAUGAAAACAAAUAGUAUUAUAUACCUGUAGGCAAAUAUAAAGAUGAAAUAACUCAUGAUCCCCCUAACCAUCAUUUACCUUUAUAAAUCUGCGUGUUGUACUUUUUGUAAUCAAGGAAAAAAUAUUUUGAAGUAAUAUCUAGCAAUCUGUGCAUUUUUAUUAGGUUUAUAUUUAUUUGCAAUACUAUCCCAAGGUUUUUACUUUUGUUAUAGAUCAUUUGUACAUGAAAAUUAUCUUAUUCAAUUUCUUGUGAUUCAAUCGGGAGCAUGAAGAUUAGUAUAAGAUUUUAUGUGUUUGUGAAGUUAAAGAAAAAAAAUUUAUCUA